CCUCUUUUCUGAGGCUGAAUCACGGCGCACACAUUCCAUAUAUUCAGCCGAAAUUUUCACCUGGUAGAUUCUAUAGCAUACGGACGGUAGAAUGACGGCAUUUCAGUCGACCAGAGAUGCGGUAUCGUACACGUGGAACAACAACAACACGCUUCGCUUCUGUUGCAAGCUCAUAACCUGCCCUCUCUUUGGCGAUUGCUACUAUAUGCGUAAGCGAACACGCAGCCCAUCGGAAAAACAAUUAAAAAGAUAUACAGUCCUAGCUGAUGUGAAGCACCGCAGGCGUGUCAGACGAGUGGCAAGGAAGCGCAUUCCAUCGGUCGAUGGAGAGAGAUGGUGGAAUAGCAAGGCAAAGGGCCAGUCGCAAAGUCCUCUUUUCGCUAAACUACCCUUGGAGUUGCGGUUGCAGAUAUAUGAGAUGGUGCUGUGUGAUCAAGAAGAGUUGACCAUGAGAUUCAACGAGGAUCAACCGUGGGAUCGUUGGAAAGUUAGAGCAGAGCAAGGCCGCGACGCUAAAAUGUUGAGAACUUGCAAGAAGAUCUAUCGCGAGGCCGCCUCGGUGCUCUACUCCAAGAACACCUUCAAAUUCGACUCCUACAAGCUGCUAUCCACCUUUGUAUCAACGAUACCUCCGCACCGUCUUGCCUCUAUCCGAAAAGUCGUUCUCGUUAUCACUCUGUUCUGGAAUGGUUGCGAUGGUUUUAUCAUGUGGUACAGAGAUCUGCUGCCACUACUUCGUGGAAUGCAAGGCCUCGAAGAGGUAUGUUUGAGAUACCGUUUACGAGAGAAUAACUACGUGGUCCAUCCCUGCUUCAGCGACUUUACGCUUCUAGAAUGGCUUGAAGAAGGGAAGAUACCAAGGGAAUAUGCAAUCUUUUACGAGAUGCUCGAGGUUCAGACAGGACCAAGAUUUGGCGGUAUGCUAUUUGAUCGGUGGGCUAUCGGUGAGAGAAGGAGAAUCGAUAUGAAGAAGUAAAGGCUAGCAUUCCAUAGUUAUUUACACAAUGACGAUCUUUUGCUUAC